AUGAUGCCCAGAGAAGCUCUAACCCAAAGAAAUGGGAACCAAAAAUAUGAGAAAAGGAAACUUGCUAAUAGGCAAAACUGGAAGCACAGAACAAAUUCGCAGAAAAUGCUGGAUGGAAAGUACAUACAAAUGUUAAUGUCGAAAGAUGUGGAAGAAAAAAAUAGGGAAGCUUGGGAAGACAAAAAAUGUGAAGCUUGGGAAGAAAAGGGAAAAACCAACAAGUACAUUCUCCACCUGAAGAAGCUGUACAAAGAGUUCAAGUUCGAGGAAUGCUUAAAUUACGGAUUGGAAAAUAUCGAAAAAUUAAAAAAAAAAAAUUAUGUAGGGAAAAUCGAAUUUUUAAAAAUCAUAGGAAAUGUUUAUUUUUAUUUAGAGAAUUAUAAGUACAGCUCCCUUACGUAUAUUUUGCUGUCGAAAUAUUUGAACAAAGUCUCCGAUGGGUAUAAAGUGGAAAUCUGUUACAAUGCUGGGGUUGUUUUUAUGAAAUAUUUCUUGCACAGCAAUGAUAUUACCUACUACUUGAAUGCCAAAACGUCAUUUCAUUGUUCGAUGCUGUAUAAUGAGAAAGGCAGUAAAUAUUUUAAUGAAACGAUUUAUGAAAAUACUGUGGGGAUACUCAGGCGGCAUUUCCCCAUAGGAGGAAAGGAACAAACGAAGGAGGUGGACGAUCAGAAUAGCCUUUUUGCUAAUUCGUCUUGUGAGAAUAUUUUUUUGGAGAGCGGUACAGAUUUGACAGCUUUUUCCGAUGGUAAGGGUGAAGCGGUCGGGUCAGAAGCGAAGGACUCCCAAGGGGAAGACCCCCAGACGAAGGAGUUCUUUUCCCUUGCGGACUCCAAAUCGUGCACACUUAAAAGCGAGACGCACAAGGUGGAUGAGAUGGCCAAAGGGGGGAAAGGAAAAAGCCAGGAGGGGGAAGAGGACGUCUAUUUUGACUCGAACAACACAGAGACGUUUUCCAUUUAUGACGGCAGUGUUGACAUGCGAGAUUUCGUCUUAAGGAAAAGCGACGCCCUGGCGAAGCUGGAGAAGGAAGCCGCUUUGCUUGAUGAGGAAAAGGUAGCUCUGUCUGAGGAGAAAAGGGUCGCUCCCUCUGAGGAGAAAAAGGCCGCUUUGCAUGAUGAAGAGAAGGCCCCCACUGGGAGAAGCACCCCCAACGUACAGCUGAAAGAAGAUAGACAAGACAAAACGGUUUGUUCAGACCAUAACUUGGUGAACGUAUCAAAUGAGGAAAGCAACGUGACCAACAAUUUUUGCAGCAAUUUGAAGAACAUAUUAUUUAGAAAUCCCGUAAACAGCUUCUUAAAAAAUUCUCCCUCCUCAUUUGUGAAAAGCAAAUCCAGCAGCUUUUUAAAAAGCACUCCUGGAAGUAUCUUAAAGAGUUCUUCCCAUAACAUUUUGAAAAAAUUCCCUGGCAGCAUCAUCAGCAAUUCUCCCGUGAAUUUUGUCUCUCAGCCUACGGGGAAUAUUCUGAGGAGUUCCUCUACCAAUUAUUUUAACAACACUGCAGGGGGAAAUGCUUUUGUUGGUUCGCCGACGGGCAUGGUGAGGAGCGACGAAGGGAACAUAGUGAGAAGCGGGGAAGGAAACGUAAUGAGAUGCUGUGAAGGAAACGUAAUGAGAUGCUGUGAAGGAAACGUAAUGAGAUGCUGUGAAGGAAACGUAAUGAGAUGCUGUGAAGAAAACGUAAUGAGAAGCAGCGAGGGCAACUUCGCGAACAACGCCUCCCCCCAAUUUUUGAACAAACAUUCGCCCUGCAAUUUCCCCCAAAACACGCCCCGCUUCUUACCAAGCCAUUCUACACUCAACAUUGCGAGCAACUCACCCAUCAGUUUUGCGAAUAACCAGCGUAGCUCUUUUGCGAGCAAAUCACCCACCAAUUUUGUGAGCAAAUCUCCGGCCAAUUUCGCGAGCAAAUCGCUGAACAAUUUUGCGAAUAACCAGCGAAGCAUCCUGCAGAACAACGCCUCGCCAAUUUUUGGAAACAGUUUCCCCAACAAGCGAAUGUCGCAACAGAAGAGCAUCAUCAAAUUCAUGCGCAGGAGUACAGAUGAGAAGAUCGAUGAGGAAGGUCCCAAGAUGCCGUCUAAUUCGAACGAGUGUAGAGCUUUUGAUUCGAAUGAGUGUAAAGCUUUUGAUUCGAAUGAGUGUAGAGCUUUUGACUCGAAUGAGUGUAGAGUUUGCGACUCGAUGCCAACAGUUGAAAACGAUUUGUUGCAACAUAAAAGGAGAAAGACCAAUCAGGAGACCCCCCUUUCUGUGUCUUGUGAAAAUAGUGUCGGGAGGGGCAGCGAUGUCUUUCUCUGGGCGAAGGAUAAUAAGAUGUGCACUUUUGAUUACUGCAGUGUUCAGGAGAAGGAAGACGUAAGUGACAGCGUUGGGCAUGGCGCAAAGGGGGAUCUGCUGCUGGAAAAAGUGAAGAGUGGCAGCUUAAGGGAGGAAGCGCAGGGGGGUAGCUCGAGAGGGGGCACAGCGGAGAAGGACGCUGUGGAAGAAGGAGAAGGGGGAGAGGGGCAGAUCAAAGAUGACACGGUCAGAAGGGAGAAGCCCAAAAGGGAGAAGAUCAAAAGGGGCAAGGUCAAACGGGGUAAGGACAAAAAAGGCAAGGUAGGGAAAGGCAAAGAAGUGAAAUCCAAAACGGGGAAAGGCAAGGAAGUGAAAGCCAAAGUGAGAAGACCUAGUGCCCUGUUCGAUGAACUCUUUUCAAAUGAAUCCCUCAACGGAUCCCUCCUUAGCAAGGUGAGGAGCGCCUGCAAAGAGUACCAGUCCCGUUUGAUCAGCGAAUACUACCACAUUUACCACCUGAAAAACAAGAAACAAAAGGCGAAGCAAAUUGUAAAAAGAAAAAGAAUUGCGGAUUUGUUCCAUGAUUUAUAUGAAAUAUGUAAAAAAAACAAACACGAGUUUUCGAUGAAAUUUGUUGAUCAAGUGACGCGUACUAAGGGGGUGUCCGACGGAACUGCAUCUCGACAGGGAGGGCUGAAGAAACGGAUGCUCACGAAUGAUAAGGGGACUUCAAGUAGGGAAGAGGUAGAAUGUUACCCGGAGGAAAGUAACCCCCCUGAGUGUAACGCAAAUUUGAAGAUGUCCGAUAAAGGGGAAGUGAGUAGAGAGGGAACCAAGAAAGGCAGCCUUCUCAUUCCUAUUGGAGGAGGAUACAACUCGGUGAAGCAGGAGGAAAGGGGAGACACACCUCAUAGUCUCCGUAAUUACGAAGGAGACACGGUGGACAUUGUAGAAAUGAAUUGCUUGGAGAAAGGGGGGCACAAAAAGGAGCUCCAAAUGGAGCAGAGAAAGGAAGUGGAGAGGCAAACCCCCCCGCCCUUCGAUGUGCCCCGCUUUGUCAACCUGUACAGUGAAAUCAGGAGCAGCCGCAAUCGCAUACGCGAAGAGAAACAUCAAAAGGAAAAAAAGGAAAUUGAAGAAGUGAUCAUCCUAAGCAUUAACAAAAUAAACAAAAAACGAAUCAGAGAUAAAGUAAAGAAAUUAAGUUCGUACAACAACUCCAUUCUGUCCAACAUAGGGGACAAGUUCGUUGAUGAUAUGGACGAAUUAUUUCUCAUAAAAAAUUACGCAAAAAUUUUAAAAAGCAUCAAAAGAAAUGAAAGCAUAAGGCAUAUUUAUUAUUUAUAUGAAAAUAUGUAUGCCAUAGAUAAAUUCGAUCAUAUUAAUGGGAGUAACUUUUUUAACAUUUCCCAUUUUAUUAUCGACAUUUUGUUGUUGAAACGGGUGAAACAGAAGGAUUAUUUGAAGAAAAAAAUUCACAAAAUGAAGUACUCGUACCAGAAUUAUUAUGCCAUUUAUGACAGCGGUGAAGGUGGGCCCCUUUUUAAGGACCUCCUCAGGCACAUUUUUAAUCCCCCCGUGAAGGACACCGUCAAGGGGGACCCCAAAGAUUUGGCAGCCCAUAUUAUCCGUACAGAGCACCCACAGCUGAGCCUCAACUUUCUGCCCUUCCUUUUUAAAGAUAAAAGAAAAGAGGCUGACUUGAACGAACAGAAUGACCCGUACAGUAACGUCAAAUUCAGUUCGACCACCACGGUUAAUAACAGCGACACCAAUUCGUACACGAAUCAGAAGAAGGAGGAACUCCUGGGCGAGCGAAUGAAGGAGGUGUUGUCCGGCGAAAGACCCAGCGGUGAGCAAGCGAGCGCCGCGAAGGGGAGCGAAGCGAAGGAAGAAGAUGUGAAGGAAGGCGACGUGAAGGAAGGCGACGUGAAGGAAGGCGACGUGAAGGAAGGCGAUGUGAAUGACGACGCCGCAAAUGAAGAAGACUUGAAUGACGACGCCGCGAACAGUGACACGGGCGACACGAGUGACGCGACGGAUAGGAAUAAACCAAUUUUGCGCGACUUCUUCAGCAUAUCGAGCGGCAGCCAGCAUGGCGAGUCGAACGGGAGUAGCAUACGUUGCGUGGCGCGCGCAUACAAGUGCGAAAUGGAGAAGCUGUACGUCGAAAUGGGUAAGGAGGACGAAGAAAUUUUGGACGUGGAAAAGUUUUACGAACAUAUGAAUGUGGCCAAUGCGAGUAGUGACGAGGGUAGGGCGAAGGCGGAGGAGGUGGUCCUGAUGCUCUUUUAUCACUACUGUGGUGGUGGGGGAGGCGGUGCCGGCGGCCCCCGCGAGGUGAGAGGAGAUCGCGAGGUAAGCACCCCCCGCGUGGGCGAGUGCACCAUCAGGAGGGCCCUGUUUAAAAUAUUUUUCUUCUUCACCAGCAACGGCAUAAUUAACAAGAAGAACCUGCACGAGUACGUGACCUUUUUGAGGCUGUACCAGUUUUACCUGGCCAAUUUCAAGUGCGACCCAUUCAUCUACUUCUACCACAACAUUGAAAAGGACUCCGACCAAAUAGUAAAUUCCGUGAAGAGGAAAAAUGUAGUGCACCAGGAUUUUACAACCUCCAUCAUGUUCGAUGAUUACCUAAAUGUGAUUCACUGCCAUUUGAACAUGCUCAAAUUGUUGCACAAGGCGUACCUAAAUAAGUUGAAGAGAAAGCACACGUACGAUAAUGUAAAUUUAGAGCCUAUUAUCAAUCACACCUUUAGCAUAUUAAACUGCCUCCUAAUUAAGUAUAGUUAUGAUGAAGAGGGUGGGGUGGUGAGACGACGUGUGGUGUUUUUAUUUUUGCAAUUCCUUUAUUUGAACUCGAAAUAUUAUUUUAAAAAUGUAACUUUUUUUUUGGAUAAAUAUGACAUAAACUAUUUGGUUAAAAGUGAAACUGGCAAUUUUUGUAAAGUAAAUGCGGAUCAGGGGCGUAUACACUCGAUUUAUAAGAACGCCCGGAGGAGGGGGCCAAAGGUGAAGGGACACAGGAAGGGAGAAGCACACGAAGGGUACAAAGAAAUGGGUGAAGAGCAUGUCGUGGAAGAAGAACUGCUGAGGAAACGGCCCUACGAACAUGAGGAGCAGAAGGGAGAUCUACACAGUGGCCAAGCGAAUGCAAAACAGGGACUGAUUCAUGGGGAGGGAGAGAAACAAAGGAGUAGCGAAGAGGAUGACAUAUUGGAUAAUCAGGGGGAUGCUAAUGAAGAGGAGCCUCAUCACAAUGGUGAGGAAAGAGCAACUGGAGAAGAGGAGGAGCCCCUCUAUGAGGGGAUAGCGUUUGCAGAGGAAGCACAAGACAGGGGUCGAAAAGGCAAAGAGACCUUCGGAGAAAGUAGAGAAAUCAGAGAGAACCAUGGCAAUAAGAGGGACCCUCUUGUGGAUAAAAAGGAAUGGCGAAACGAGGUAGUGUCAAAAAAAGGACAAGCCAAAAAAAGAAAAAGCACAACCCACAAUUCAUCCGUCAGCAAUAUGGAGAAAUUUAAAAAAGUAUUUACAAAGUUGGACCAAAAUGUGAACAUUGCCUUUUCUUCAUUUUUGAAAUGCUACCAUAAAUGCUUUUUUAUACUAAACUUGCGAUUACACGAAAAUGAUAUGUUCAGGAGAAUCGUGUGGAAGAUCGCUCAGCGGAUUGUGAGAUUCUGUAACGAUCUUUACACCAUUUUAAAAAUAAAAAAAAUACCAAUAAAUAGGAGCUACAAUUACGUGUUUCACGAAAUUAAUCACAGUUUGUAUAGAAAGAACAUUUUUUUGAAGCCUUCCUUUUUUAAGGUCCUAAGGGAAGACAACUACGUUAUGAAUGUCUACAGUGUGCAUAAAAGUUAUAUAGAAAAGGGGGCGCGGAGACGAGUAGGUUCUCAUGACAGUGCGGACGCAGACCAGAACGACGUGCUGAACAUACUAAUUGCGUUUGCCAAGUGGAACAGAGGAGGGUGCCAGAGGAAAAAGGUCAAUAAAAAAAAGAAACGAUUCAUCUUCCUGGUACACUCCUACAAGUAUAUAAAGAAAUGCAUUUGCAAAGAACUGAAAGAAAAUAGCAUCCUAAGUUUGUACAAAAAGGCGAAACAGCUGGAUGAAAAUUUCAGCCAAAGCAUUGAUUACCUCCAUUCCCUGUUUGACACAAGACUUUGCAUGUUGUCUCUUGAUUUCGAGCUGCAAAAUAUUAUUAUCGAAUUUUUAAACCGCUGCAUGGAGUUUAUUAAGCAAUAUGAUCAGGAACAGGACCCCCGGUUUGUGAUAAUUAACAAAAUGAUGAGUGUAUACAGUUGCGUUUUCUCUCUUUUUUAUUUGCGUCUGAAUUCCUUUUCCGAAUUCCACACAAAUAAAUUGCACAAAAUUUUGGGGGUUGAGAAGAAUAUUUUUUCGUACGACGAUCAGGCCACUUGGCAUAUGCUGAACGUUUUCAAUUUUGUUAAUUUUAGAUACGGGUGCUCCUACCGAUUUUUGAACGCCAUUUUUACGUCCUUCCAUGUGCUGGUUAAUGUGCUGGUCAAAAUUGACGUCCACGUGGAGGUGGAUAGGAAGCGCAUAGGCAGGGGGAAAUGGCGCUGUAAGGGGGGGACACAGCGGCGUAUGCAGAUCAGCUCACCGAUAAACACGCAUACCAACGCGACGAGAUUGCCCAAUUACGAACAAGUGCAGAAAAUCAUUGAGCGGGAAAAGAGGAAGAACGUGAGGAGCAAAGGAGUGCCGCACUCCGUAGGCGGGGUGCGCUUUGGAAAGGGAAUCAUUUACAAAAUUGUAAACGAGGUGAAGAAAAAAGUCACCGUAAGUGGGAAACUCAAAAUAAAAAAUAGCAUUUUGGAAAACAUAAUUGGGAAGAGGAUGAACAGGUAUUUUGUCAACCCCUUGGGGGGCGAAGUGGGCAUGAAGAAGUUGGAGCGCCGAAUGGGCCAAAUGUGUGACGCGGAGCGGAUGGAAGGGGUGGGAGGUGAGUUCAGCAGCAUUAGCAACACUGGCAGCGUUAGCCGCAUUAGCAGCGUUAGCGGCACGUUCAGCAGGGCGGAGGAGGGCCACCGUGGGGGGCGCUCUUCUAAUCCCCGGUCAGGAAUUCCCACCGAGUCGCAGGUAGAAACGAUCGCCGCCGUGGAUAGGUGCGCAGCCAGCAAAAGCAAAAGCGGCGUGAGGGCCAAGGGGGGGAAGCUCCAGAUGAGCCAUUUCAACUGCGGCAGCCGAAGGGAGCGCAUUUUACAGAGCUAUGGAAAAUUAAAAAAAAUAAAAAAAAAAUUGAAGAGAAAAAUAAACAAUGUGUGCUAUUUUAAGUACAUUGCGGUGAUAAACAAGAGUGAGAAUAAAAUUUACUCAACGCUCAGUCGAACGUAUGCGCAUAUUUUGUUCAUACUCAUAUCCAUUUUGCACAUCGAAAAUUACAACAUUUUGCAUUUAAGAAAGAAUCAAGACUUUUUCAUGAACAACGAUAUAUACAACACGUACUAUCUGUUUUUGCACAUCUCGAGCAGCAUCAUAUUGCUCCUUUCGUCCGUGUUAAAAACGUACUUGCAUUUUAACCCCUCCGUGAGGAGUGAUAAGGAGGAAUUCGCUGGGCUAAAGCUAGGUCAGACGGAAGGCCUGAUUGGCAUAGAGAAGCGUGGCAAGAGCGUACCAAAUGUCAGGGAUGAAGAUGGUAUGGCAAGUGAAGAAGGGGGGGAGAGUCCGAGGCAGCGCCAAUUAUCGCAAGACGGGUCGGCCAGCAAAGAGAGCAGCAGCGCUAGUAUGAGCAGCCACACAAGUGAUGAUGGCGAUGGGGAGCUACAGACCAAUCGGGAGGAAGAGAAACGCGCCGGGGGGUACCAAAUUUAUCUGGAAACGCUGCUGAAGUUUAGCUCCAUCAACGUUCUGUUAAUGUCCAAAAGGAAGCACAACAAGGGGAACAAAAUGAAGAAGAACAAGUACAUAUUUAUAUUUUGCAAUUUAAUAGAAAAUUUACUACAAAACAGUAUGUUCUAUGUGGACCUUUUUAAUAACUGCAAAAAUAGGGACGUACUCGAAAUGAACGACGUCCUUUCCAAGCUAACGAAGCUGUGUAAGGAGAAUAACAUAAUGGAUGAUUUUAUGCAAAUUAAAAAGGAACUCAUUUAUCACUCCCUAUUUAAGUACAUUCUGCAAGAGGAAUAUAUUAACCAUUUUAACAGAGGCAUAAAUGAACUGUACAAAAUGAACAAGUGCUCCUUGAAUUUAUUUUAUUUUUCAUUAAACAUUUUGCUCACCACUUUUAACACGGACAUUUCGAUCCAUUUGGAGAGGAGUCUACACAACAUACACCAUUUUAGCCACGACAAUUUGUACUAUGAUUUGAUUUUGAAUAAUAUCAAGAGGACUGUUCGUUACAUUCGGGAGAGUUCCAAGUCGUCCUUUAACUGUAUCUUUGCCUGUGUGCUGUACUACUUGGCCAGGUGGAAGAAGGGAGGCGGGAAAAUGCUAAAGGGGAAAAACAGUGACGAGAAAAAUAGCUUCCUAAGGAGAAACACCUCCAAUCAGCGGUUUGCCUCUUCCUACAAUAUGGAAGAGGUGAAGGGGAGCCUCUUUUUUAACAUGUUCUCCAAGGAGGAAUGCACGAAUGGUACUGUGCUAGCGGGCAGCGUUGAUGAGAGCUGGAGGGGCAAGGGGGAUGGCCGCCCCGAGUGUUAUGUUCACCGGGGGGAGGGUUCAUGCGGCAUUUUUAGGCGGCCUGAAGGGACAGUCCCCGGGAGUGACAAACAUGUUGAGAAGGAUGUAGAAAAGCAUGUAGAAAAAUACGCUGAAAAGCAUGUAGAAAAUGACCCUGACAAACGUGCUGACAAACGUGCUGACAAAUGUGCUGACAAACGGGCCACCCCCCUGAAGGCGCACCAACGGGGCGAAAGAAAAAUCAUCAGCGAACUCGUGUACGACAUUAUCAGCCCCUACGUGGACGUAAAACACAUCAAGGUGUAUAACAAAAUUUACCGAAACAGCCACACGAUUAAUAGCCUUAUUAACAUUUGCUUCUCAUUUCUGUUUAACAGCUUCCUAUUUCUGAAGCCUGUUUAUCCCUUCGACAUACUUUCAAAGGAGAAGAGUGAAAACGAACCGUGCGCGAAGAAGAUAAAGACGACAAAUUACACGCUUGACAUAUUUAGCAUGAAAAGGAGUGACAUAAAGGCGGUGGAAUUGUUCCUCUCGCUGUACAUUCACAAGUACAUGCAGAGCAUAUGCCUAGAUGUGAAGAAGCUGGUUGAUUAUAACACCUAUAUGAAUCAGUUUUUCUGGGUGUCCAACAGGAGGAGCGUGAGCGUCGCUCUCCCCAGCAGUGAUUACGCGUAUUUGAACUACGCCGCGAAAAAUGUGUACUACACGUUUAACGACUACAACGUUCUGCAGUUUUUGAUAAAUUUCAAGCGGUCCAAGAGCGAGGGCAAGGAGUUCAUGAUGUCCUUCGUGAAAGUGUUCGAGCGGAUGAUCUCCCUGGACGAGGAAAUGAGCGCAGAUCACACGGACCCCCUGACGUACAGCGUCUACUUGGACUACCUGAAGGACCUCUUCCUGAAUGACGACUACUACUAUGUGUGCUUUUAUGAGUACAUAAAGAACGUGUACGUGGAGGACCACGAGGGGGAGUUCCAAAUUGAGGACUUGGAUUGUUACCUAAAGGAGCUGAACGAGAUCAACCCGUACAAGAUAAGGGAAGAAAUGAGGAGGAAGUUUGACGAGCAUGUGCAGAAGAGUUAUCUGCUUUUGACCGUGAGGAGGAGGAGCGGCAGAGGAAGAGGCGAAAGCGGAGCAGACGCACACAAACUGCGCAACAAAGGGGGGGAACGAAUCAAAAUUGUUCUGAACAACAACCCGUACCACUUCCAAAGGGUGUACAGGGCGUACAAAAACCGGCUGUUUAGCCUCCUAAACAAAAAGAGCAUUGACUACCUGGAACUAGUGAAAGUGCUAAACAAAAAACAGUACAAUCAUUUCAGCAACAUGUUUUACUGCUCGUUCAUUCACAUUCUGAGCGAAGUGAAAUAUGAUUACAAUAAGCAGUACAAUUUUAAUAUAGCAAAAAUUAUGGACAAAUUAAACAUAGGGUUGAAGGCAUCCUUCUACAAUAAUAAAAAUGUAAUUCUCUACUACUACACCUUUCAGCAAUAUUUUCAUUUGUAUAAAUUUUUAGAAGAUAAAUAUUUUUCCGAAUUUGUCCUCCCAGAAUAUAUGCUAUUAAAUAUUACCUGCAGAUUUGUGAAUAACUUUUUGUACAAUACAAAUUUGUACCGAAUUUAUUGCUUUCUGAAAUUUUUAUACAUUCGAAAUGUGCUGAAGCAUACCGAAAUUUUGCUGAAUUUUUUGCUGUACGUUUAUUAUAAAUAUUUCCAUUAUCAUUAUAGGGGGAAAGAUGAAUUUUCUCACCAUUUUAUGGACUUAUUUUUGAGCAUUCACGAGGAGUCUUAUAAUAACAGCUUGCUGGUCACGGAGCUUAAGGGGAAGGACACCUGCGUGGAGAGCAGCCUACUGGCAAAAAAUACACUGGUAGGAGAAAUCCCCCUUGCUUCCUCAACAAAAGAGGGACCACCCCUAGACGAGAUAAACAGAGAAGAGACAAAAGGGGACGGAACAAACGACCAAACAGCCACAGCAGACGAAAAGUACAACGAUGAUAAUCACGCAUCGAAGGGGGGUAGCCAAACACAGAGCGCCUACCAAGAGAUUAAUAACUACCACCUGGUGCUGUCAAACUCGCAAAACAGAUUUAUACAUCUUUUAUUUUUUAAAAUAUUAACCAAUUGUGUUAAGUCCAAAAUUAACAUCCUAAACGCGAAGAACCUCUUCAACAAUCUGAACUUUUUCAUUUCUUCCUACGUUAAGUACUCCCUCUUUUACACAUUUGAGGGGAACAAUAAAGCCUUUAUGGAUGCCCUAAAACAUAAGUAUUCGUUUUAUAAUUUCCAGGCGGUGAAGAAAAAUUUGAAAUUGUGUGUUUAUUUAAAAAAUGUCUACCUUAAGAGGGACCUUUUUAACAGCAACAUUUUGUCCUUCCUCAACAUAGAGUGUGCUGUGAAGGGGUCUCAUUAUACGGGGGAGCUGACCAAAAAAAGAAAAGAAAAAGGAUAUGCGAACAGUGGUGCACCCCAAUUUUUGGAGCAUAUCCAUGAGGGGGAACAUUCGCCAGGGUCUCUACAAAGGCACAGCGGAUUGGAGUGCCGGAACGACGAAACUGCCAGUAGAAAAAGAACAAUCGGUGACAAAGAGAAGGACACGCAUGAUGUUGAAGGGAGCAGCAAAAACGAAAUGAAUAAGAAGAAGAAGUUACUCUCCGGGGAGGCAUGCCCCGUGCAGGGAGACGCAGAAACCAACUGGGAGGAAAACUACCGGGGCGAUAAUGUGGCGGAAAUUUUGACAGACGCGGAAAACCAAAUUGUUGGUGCACAAACCAUAAGGGUGAAGAGGGAGGUGGAGGAAAAAUACGCAAAUGUGGAGAGAGCCAACCAGGUGGAUGCCUUCCAAGGUGAAAAAAGGGAAGGGGAGGAAGAGGAGGAGGGGGACGACCAGAAGGACAACCAGGAGGAAGACGAGGAGGAACCGCGGGGAGAGGAACCGCAGAAAGAGGAACAACAGGGUGAGAAACAAAAGAGCAAUCCCCGUGAAGGAGAAAACCCUCGUGGCCAAAUCUUCCGCUUGAACAGCUUGGAGGACACAAAAAAGGGGUCCCAAACGAGGGAAGACCUCCAUGAGAACCAAAUUAAAGUAAAAAAAGAAGAACUGAGCGAUGGAAAUGAUUCCAAGGUGUCCAUAGAUUCGCUAACCAAAGCAGACGUGCUGAGAAGACAAUUUUUUAAAAAAAGAAGUAGCAAAAAGAUUUCAAAAAAGUACUACGUUAACAUCUUAAAGUUUUACCUAGCAAAUAGGGCGCAAGGGUAUGCUGUGAAUUUUGCGGAAUGCCAGAAGCUGGAGGACAAGUCCAUUUACUUGGUGUUUUUAUUUUUAGGAAAAAUUUUCCAAUUCCUUUUUAAUUCGCUCCUAUCUCAAGGGUGCUGUGAUAGAGAUGAAGCUAAAAAUGACAAUAAAAGAGAGCGCGGCAUGAGGGCGGAUGCGUCCGAAUGGCCAGACAGCUCCUACACGUAUGAGAAUCUUCUUCGGUACUUUAUGCUAAUUACCAUGUGCCAUUACGCGGACAGCCUAAUAUUUCUGAGCGUUCACUUUUUGGACCUUCACCAAAUCGGUUCCCAGCAAAGCGACCUUCUGCAGGGUAGCUUUCAGCAAAGCGGCACACUGCAGGGCACACUACAGGGCAGCUCCCAGCAGAGCAGUUCUCAGAAGGGGACCUUGCAGCAGCCCUGUCCCGCUAAUGACGAGAAGGUGGCAUUAUCCCCCAAGGAAGAAGCGAACACGUAUAAUCUGGCCGGUGAAGAGGAAGGGAACCAAGAGGGCAACAAAAAUCAAAACGAAACUUGCGAUAGUCAUAUGAAAAAGCUAAAUUAUUGUGAGAAGUUACGAGUUGAGAGAAGCCCCGGAAAAAACGAAGACGGUAGUAACAGCAGCAAUAGGAAUGACUGUGAAAACCAUUUCGAGAAGAAAAACUUAAUUUUGAAACCGUCGCUCACCAGCACGAGCAGUUAUUACAUGUGCAGAAAUGAGGCCGUCUACAUCAUGAACGGAGAUAAGGAAAGCACACAAAUGAUCAUUCCGCUGUAUAAAUUGUUGGUGACUCGAUUGAAAAUUUGCUUGUAUUACCCGAGGUACUUUUUCCUGGCUUCUCUUUUUAGCUACAAAUAUGAUACAAGACUGUCGGACGAUCUGCUUACCCAUGUGAAGGAUCUAAAUUUAAGUGAAGAUGUUAAAUAUUACACGUAUGAUGUGGAUAAAAAUGGAAAAGGCUCUGUUUCUACAGUUGAUGGGGACUGCAAUGGAGAUGCUGCGAAAGUUUGCAGCGUGGUGGGGGCGCUGAACGGGGGAGAAAGGGGUGACCAUUUGGGGGAGCACUCCACGGGUGGCAUAAAUUGUGAGGGGAGCAACGGGGAGGGGAAUGAAGCAAAUGAGGCGAAUGAAGCAAAUGAGGCAAACGCUUCAAGGAAGAUCAGUGACCCCCAGGACGAGGCCAACAUGCUAGAGCACAACUCGAAGAAUUCAGGAAGAUAUAACGAACAUGCAAAAAAUGGCACCCUCUCGUUUAGGAAAAAAAAACAGAGUUUCCACAUGUGCGUGAAUUAUUACACCGAUUAUCACGAAAAUGGGAACUCGAACAACUGCAGUUUUCCAUCUCUUUGCAAUUCAUCUAACAGCAUGGAAAAUGAGGAUGCAAACCCCGACAUGGAGGUGGCCGAGGGGGGACAAAAUGGAAUCAAGCACGUGAAGGAGAACAGCGUUCGUAAGGUCAUCACAGGUGAGGUGACGAAACAGGAGGAGCGGGGCCAUGUGGAAAUUACCCCCCCGCGUGACACGUAUGAAAGAGAGCUGGACGAAAAAGACAUGAACGAAUUCAAUUACGAUGUACACAAAUUAAAGGUGGUAAUAAAAAACAUCGAAAUUAGAUAUGAAGAUGUCCUAAACGAUAUAGUCGAGGGUUUAAAUUUUAUUGCGGAAAAUAAAAAUUGCGGAAAUUAUAACUCGCAAGCAGCGUACCACCUGUGCAUUUACUAUUUUAUGAGAAAGAAUUAUACCAAGUGUAUUCAUUACAUGAAGUUUUUCAUCAGCAAGGGGAACUUUAAAAUUUGGCAAAAUGAUUCCUUCAACCAGGACUACUACAACUUGUAUUGCAAGAGAGUCCAAAGGAGUGAAUUUAUCUUCAUCAAAUAUUUCACCAUCGUUCUAGAAGUUAGCAAAAACGUUUUGAAGAAUGUGCUAAGCAAAAUUAACGAAGGGGUGAUGUGUGAAAAUGGGAAUGUGGCGGAGGGGAAGGGGUUCACGGGCUGCGGCUUCCCCUGCCUGGAUGGCCCACCCCACGGGGAUGACACCCCCCCCACGGAUGACUUCCUCUGCGCCCAUUUGGGGAAAUUCCUAGUAGAUGAAAAGGUUUUAGAUUUAUUUAAGGAAGAAAAGGGGGAAGAGGUGUCCUAUGAAACGCCAGCGAAACACGCGGAUGAAGGUAAAGGGGAAGAAGGCAAAGUGGAUGAAUGCAAAACGGAUGAAGGCAAAGCGGAUGGAUUAAAUGAAGGGAACGCCGAUGCAAGCAGGGCAAAAGAGCCGAAAGAAACCAAUGUAGAAGAGUAUAAGGGCUCCCCCAAUAAGGAGAACGCGAACGAUUCGAAGGAAAGGCCCAUCCUGAGCGACAUCACAAGUGGCAAGAAUGACCCUGCUGAGGUGGAAGGAGGGGCUGAAGAGGCACAAACGGCGGAAGCGGCAGUAACGGCAGACGCGGCAGUAACGGCAGGCGCGGCAGUAACGGCAGGCGCGGCAGACGCGGGUAACGAUACGUCCAACCAAAAGGAGAACAAACUGGCGGAAAUCGAAAAUAAGUGGAUAUAUUUAGGGUACGACCAUUUGGACCACUUGAGCGAAAUUUACGACAUUUUGAAGAUCCUGUUCGAAAUUUACAUGUACAUAGGGAAGACAAUUAAAAGGUUUAACGACUACAAGGUGUUGGAAGAAGCGACCGUCUUAUAUGGCUACAACAUUUCAGUAAUUAAUGUUCUUUUCAAAAUUAUUACCGAACAUUUAUGUUUCAUUUUUGAAGUGUUGUGUUAUUUUACUCCGCACAUGUUGGUUUAUCCAAUCAUUUUGUUAUUCGCCAAUGAUGGGAUGAUGACUUGUACCGUCUCAGGGGGGGGCUCUGAAAACGUGACGGAAACGCCUCCUAAGAGUACCACCCCGGUUAGCAGCAAAUACGCGUAUUUAAAACGAGCGGCAAAUAAUGAAGAGUUAAUAUGCAACCGUUCAAGUGCUUCGCUAGACUUGAGAAUAUUUAAACUUUUUAGAGAAUUCCUAGCGAAUAAAUCUGCCACCAUGCCAGCCAACCUAUCCACAAGGAUGCACAGCGUCUUUCUGCUGACGUGUAAAAAGGUCUUGUAUUACCAAAAGAGCGAACAGGACAUAAUUAAAAAUUUAAGUUCGUAUAACAGGAAGGGGAACAAAAAAAAGAAGGAAGGUAUAAUCAAAUUCGUGGACAACGCCCUUAACAACGGAAAUAAAACAAACUUGUCAUCCUUUUUAAAUUUAUUUAAAAAUGGAAAAAUGCUAAACUGCACCAACUAUUUGAAUUGCGAAAAUAUUAAAUUUUUAACAAGCAAGCUGAAUUAUAACUCCAGCUGUACGGAUAUGAAUAAAAGUACGCAGCUAAUUCAUGUGGACAAUAACAGUGUUGAAAAGGCAACCUCUCAGGUAGAUAAGGAAAAUACCAUUUGCACUGCCAACGAUGUGGGGAAUGACCUACCAGGUGAAGUUAACACGUCCAUGUUGAGUAACAACGAUUCUGUGGAUGAGCAGAGAAACAAAGAAUGGGUCCUUUAUCAUAUAAAGUUAAACAGCGAUAAGCAUGUUUUCUUGUACGACGAUUAUGAUAUCUUUAACAAUAUUAAGACGAAAAAUGAGGCAUUAAAUUGCGUUAACUCUAUGUUAUCUGAUAAAAAUUCUGCGGCCAAAAAGGGGGAAACGUCUAACCUGAAGAAGAGGAAGACUAUGGAUUCGACUUUGACGGAUGUGAAGAACUCCAUACGGGAGCGAGACUUAAGGCGGCUCAAUAGGGAAAAGAGCAAAGUUGUGUAG